GUUAAGUUUUGAACACCGCUCAAACUUGUAAUCAGCGUCUCGGCUCAGUCUCUCUCACUCUCAGUUGAGCCAUUACUGAUCAGCGCCACUGGAACAAUGAGUAGCCAAGGUGUUUCAAACAAUGAUCGUUCAAGGAUGUAUUGGACACCAUUGAUGGAACGCUAUUUUAUUGAUCUUAUGUUAGAGCAUUUGCAAAAGGGAAACAGGAUUGGCCACACUUUUAACAAGCAAGCUUGGACAGACAUGCUAACCAUGUUCAAUGCUAAAUUUGGAUCCCAAUAUGACAAGGAUGUCUUGAAAACGCGUUAUGCAAAUUUGUGGAAGCAAUUCAAUGAUGUUAAGACCCUUCUUUCUCACUUUGGUUUUUCUUGGGAUGCUGACCGUCAAAUGGUUGUAGCUGAUGAUUUUGUUUGGGAUGCUUAUGUCAAGGCUCACCCUGAUGCACGAUGCUACAGAACUAAAUCACUGUUAAAUUUUGAUGAUUUGUGUAUGAUAUAUGGCUACACCAUUGCUGAUGGAAGAUAUAGUUUAUCAAGCCAUGAUGUGAGCCUUGAUGAUCAAGUGCCCUUGGGUGAUGGAAUGGGAAGCAUUGCUGUAUCAAGUAAUGAGCGUCCCAGGACAGAUUGGACUGAUUCAAUGGACCAAUUUUUUUUAGAGCUUUUGCUUGAUCAAUUGGGCAGGGGCAAUAAAGUCAAUAAUGGAUUCAAUAAAAGAGCUUGGACAGAUAUGUUAGCCAUGUUUAAUGCUAAAUUUGGAUCUCAACAUGGUAAAAGGGUCUUAAAGAAUCGAUUCAAGAAACUGUUGAAAUGUUACUGUGAUAUAACAAAUCUUCUAAAACAGGGCUUUUCAUGGAAUGAACAACAACAAAUACUUUCAGCUGAUGAUGAUGUCUGGGAUGCUUAUGUUAAGGCACAUCCACAUGUACGAACAUAUAGAUUGAAAACUUUGCCAAACUAUCGUGAUUUAGAAUUAAUAUUCAGAAAUGUGUCUGAAGAUGAGAUCAGUAAUUUGCAUCCGGAGAAAACUCAGGAAGAUGUCGUGUCAGAAAAAAAGGCUGGUGAAGGAAAAGGAAGUCGAAACCCAAGUGGUACUGAUCGUACUAGAACAUAUUGGACACCCCCAAUGGAUCGUUGCUUCAUUGACUUGUUAUUAGAUCAGGUCAAAAGUGGAAAUAGACUUGGGCAGACAUUCAUAACCCAGGCUUGGAAUGACAUGAUUACAUCUUUCAAUAAACAAUUCAAAUCUCAAUAUGAAAAAGAUGUUCUGAAGAAUCGUUACAAACAUUUGAGGAAACAGUUCAAUGAUGUAGACAAUCUUCUUCAGCAGGAUGGGUUCUCAUGGAAUGAGAAAAGAGAAAUGAUUGAUGCAGAGGAUCAUGUUUGGGAUGCUUAUACAAAGGUACACCCUGAAACUCGAUCACUUAGAGUUAAAACCUUGCCAGGCUAUCACAAGUUGUGUGUUAUAUUUGGAGAGGAAAGUUUUGAUACAAGAUUCAUUCGUAUAUCACAUAUUGCAGACGCCAGUAGUGAACUACCGAUGUUGAUAUCAGGUGAACAGAAUAAUGGCAUUUUUCCCAAUGUUUAUAAUGCUGGUUCUACAAUAGAGUGGACAGAAUCGAUGGAAUGCUGUUUUGUGGACCUUAUGGUAGAGCAAGUAAAUAGAGGAAAUAGAAUUGUAAAUUCAUUCAAUGAGCAAGCGUGGACUCACAUGACCGAAGCAUUUAGCACUAGAUUGGGACUCCAAUGUGACAAGCAGUUUCUAGUAGAUCAAUACUUCUGCUUGAUGAAAAAGUAUGAUGAUAUCAGCAAUCUUCUCAGUCAUAGUGGAUUUGCAUGGGAUGAAACCCUACAAACAAUAACUGCUGAUAAUGAUAUCUGGGACGCAUACAUCAAGGAUCACCCGGAUGCCAUCUCAUAUAGAAACAGGUUUUUGUAUCUCUUCCAUGAUUUGUGCAAGAUUUUCGGAAAUGAAGUAUCAGAUGUAAGAGUGAGUGUUCUGGAGCAGCUUCAGUUGAUGGAAGCAAACGAUAUUACCAUUGAAAUGGAUAUGGACGGAACAUCUGGAAAUUCGGUUGUGAUUAGGAAUAUUGAUAUAUCAGACCAGGAUACAGACAGGCCAAUGGAAAUGGAUAUGGAUGGAUCAUCUGGAAAUUUGGAUGUGACUAGUAACAAUGAAAUAUCAAACCAAGAUACAGAAAGGGCAAGGGAAAUGGAUAUGGAUAUAACAUCUGGAAGUUUGGUUGUGACUGGCAACGCUCCAAUAUUUUCUCGAGAUAAAAAAAGGCCUUCAAACAUAAUGGAUAUAAAUGGAACAUGUGGGAAUUUGGCAAUGAGUGGCCAAACUAAACUAACACACCGUGUUAAAAGAAGACCUAGUACGAUGCCAUCAGAUUUCAGACCCCCCAAAAAGGAGCUGAGAAUAAAAGAAGCGAUGUCUGAGAUGGCAACUGCUGUCAAGGCACUGAUGAAUAAGAAGGAGAAAAACACCAAUAAAUCAUUUGAAAAUGCUUUAAGUGCACUUCAAGCUAUGCCGGACAUAGAUGAGGAGCUAGUAAUGGAUGCGUGUGAUCUGUUGGAAGAUGAGAGAAAGGCGAAGAUAUUCUUAGCCUUGGAUAUCUCAUUGCGGAAGAAGUGGCUGCUUAGAAAGCUUCGUCAGAAAUAGCCACAUGCCUUAUUGUAGUUAAAAGCUUAGCCUGGACUAAUUAUGGUUAUCUGUUGUUUUACUUUCUUAGGCAAGUUUUGAACUAGAUUUAACUUUUCCUUGUCAAGAUUUUCCUUUUCCUCUCUAGUAAGUCUUGGACACAAUCUACAGUGAACCGUGACUGUGUACAGUUCAACAUAAAGCUCAAGCCUU